UGUGCUUGCAGCUUGCUGUUGCAGUGGCAGUCAUACAGAAGUACAGAAUCGAGUAGUAGUAGUAGCAUUUGCAGGCAAAAUGACAGGUCUCCUCAAGUAGUUGCUCUCCACUUGUGAGAAAAUAUUCCAAUUCCACAGCCACAUACAUAUGCCUGAAUCUUUCUCAGCCUCUUCUUUUUCUCUCACAAUAUAUAUGAUAUAUAUAUCUCUCUCUUCCUCUGAAUUCAUCAGAGAAUUACUCAAAUUUCUUCCUGCCCCAAAAUUUGUCAGUCACAACACAUAUUUUAUAUACAAAUACAAAACAUUUUUUUCUGCAAAUUGUCCAUCUCUGACGCCUCAUCUGAAUUGACUGACGCCUUUUUGAGGUAAACGCAGUGACACAUCUACUUAAGCACUUUGGCUGAAGCUUCUGCGGCAUAUCUUUUUUGCCGGUGCAAAGCUUUGGUUCUUGGCCGGUGGCGGCGGCGCGCAUGGCGGCGGACGGCGGCGCGCUGAGGCGGCUGUUCGAGAAGCCGCUGCCGGUGCCGGAGAACCCGACGCUGCUGGAGGCGCUGUCGGCGUGCAACCAUGUGCACCACCGCAAGAAGCUCGUCGACACGGCCUCCUUCACCGAGAUCUUCGGCGAGCUCCACUUCCAGGAGAAGCCGGUGGACGUCGCCGCCGCCGCCCGGUUCCUGCCGCCGCCGCCGCCGCCUGUUCGCGCGGCGUCGUGGAUCGACGUCGCCGACGACAAGAGCAAGGACGGCUCGUCCCUGGACGCGCUGCUCCGGCCGAAGUCGUCCGCCGUCAAGAGGAGCGCCAGCUUCUGCCUCAAGAGCUCCGAGUCGUCGCUGCUGCUCUGCACCGAGGGGCUCGGGACGGAGAGCACGGUGGACGCCGACGACAUGGUCAAGGACGGCGACGGCGACGGCGAGGCCAUCCGCCGUGGCGAGGAGGAGACGGACGGCGUGGAGGAGGACGACGGCGCGGGGAGGGAGAAGCGGGGCACGCCGACGCUGGCACCGACGCCGCCGACGUUCCCGCCGCCGAUACGGUCGAUCGGGCGCGGCGGGAAGCCGUGCGUGUGCUUCCGGUCGUUCCGGGCGGAGGGGAGGUUCGUGCUGAUGGAGGUGGUGAUCCCCGGGAAGGAGCUCCUGCAGGCGACGCGCGAGGGCGGUCGCCUCACGCUGCGCUUCGCCAACGCCGCGGCCGUGGGCGGCGGCGGCGAAGCAGACGACGAUGUCAACGACGACGACGUCGAUGGCGGCGAGACCAAGAAUGCAUGCGCAGCAAGAGAUGAUAUGCUAGCUAAUAACUGCACUUGUUAAUUAAGAAUUUAAGAUGGCUGCAAGUUGCAACGAAGAACUUGAUGCUUUUGAAUAUUUGAUCGACGUGUGUCAAAUCGCCAUGCGUGAAUCCAAGCAAACAGAAAAACAAGUUUGUUUCGAAUCAAGGAGAAGAAGUUCAUAAGUGGAUCAUUUCAGACCUUCA